UCUGUGAGUCACGACACAUAAUGGGAUGCUUGCUGUUGAUUGCAUACUGAGAAAAUUCGUAAGAGAUGGUGCUGAACGGGAAAUAUUGAAGGCCUGCUGCGAAUAGGUAUGCGACUUGUAAGUGCAUAGGAGUAUAUUUUCGAUUGGCGUAUAUACGCGCACGGGGCGGAUCGCGUCGCGGAGCCGGGUAACGCUGGUCACGGGCAACUCGGAGAGGACGCAGCCGUGGAUGCAGCCAGCGUCUUCCCGCGGACCGCCGGGAGGAUGUGGCACGCGAUUAUAAUGCCGUUCCCCCGAGAUCGAGUCGCCCGCGCUUCCACCGCGCUCCCGAGCCCUCCGCUAUCCUUGCCCUCUUCCUCGCGAAAUCGUGGACUUCCCGCGCAAAGGACCCGUCGCGCUUUUUACGCCCCUUACGACGAGAUUCCGCGCGCGAGUUGAUGCACCAGUCGGGUAAAGCGCGAAGCGAGAUAUGCCGCGGCCCUCAAUGUCCUUGAUCGAGGAAGAAUCGACCUGUCGCGAACGUCGUGUUGAUCGAAUUUUUUUCAAGCUAUUUCACGAUUCCUGAGACUAAGAAGAUUGAGCUUGCCCGGCUGUACUCGCAUUUACAUAUCAGGUGUUGAUAUUUUUGUCAAAUACUUCACGAUGGAGUCGGGAAUAAUUCAGGAGGAGUCGCCCCCUUUGCGUGGGUUAAAGCAAGUAAAGGUGGAUAAUUGGGGAUCGUUUUUUCUCCAGCAAGUUCAGCAACUUUACUCUAAUGAACAAUUUCUUGAUCUAAAAAUUAGAUUUCCUACAAGUGAUAUUAUUGUACAGGCCCAUCAACUCGUAGUGGCGACAUGUACAGACUAUUUUAUGCAACUUGAGCAGCAACAGAGAGAAAAGAAUGAAAACUUUAAUGGUAUAAUUACUAUGCCUUCAGACAUGCCUUAUGAGUGUGUUAAAUCUAUUAUAAGAUUUAUGUACACUGGACAUUUGGAAUACUGGACAUCAGAGCAACAUGCUUUGUACCGUACGGCGCAAAAAAUGAAAAUGACAGUGCUAACAAAAUUGUUAGAUGCUCAAUUCAAUACGAGCAAUUUACAGGCUGAAGCAACAAAAACACCCACGCGAUCAGCAAUAACUGUCUCAAAAUCAUCAACCCCAAUCACAAAACCAGUCAUUAGCUCCAUAUCGACUUUAUCUGGACAGCCGUUGCCAGGCAGGAAACUUCCAAUUUGGAAGAGAAAGCUGGACGAAUCUCCAUCUAUGCCUGCGAUGAAUUACGAAGUACGAACAUUCCACGGCACAUCCUCCAUGCAUAAACCUCAGGAGACAACUCCUGGUCCAUCCAGAUUCGAUCUUCCGGAAGCGGAUGAUAUUGCUUUGGGAGUAUUUUCUUCGUUCGACGACAUUACGUAUAAUACAAAGCCUAUUGUUCAAGCAUCAGAUGCAUAUAAAAAAGGAGGUGGUUCUCGUAAACGUUCACCGGAUAGGGACAGUAAAAAUGACACAACUGAAGACGAGGAGGAAGAAAAUCAGGGGAAUGAGAAAAGUCCGACAGACGCGAAUUCGGAUGAUGAUUGGAGUAUAUCGAAGACUUUUCAGAAAUCUCCAGAAGGACAGUCUGUGAAAAAACGAGUCCGUUUCGAUUUGGAAGAAAAGGAAAAUGUGGAAAAGCCUAAGUCAAAUAGAUCGAGCACCGACGAUUCCAUCAACAAUCACGCAAAAAUCAUUAGAGAAGUAUUAAAAAAGUAUCCACACUUAGUGAAGAACAAUAAAAAUAUUCGAUUGAAGAUCAUGCAGAAGGAAACGAAAUCCUCCGAUAGCAAUGCCGGGUGCAAAACAAAAGUAUCUUAUGUGGUUCUGAAGUCCGAUCACCUGUUAUCCAAUAAUGGCGAGGAGAACGAUUCCAAGUGCAACGGCAAUAUCGAUGGCGAGACGGGUCCUUGGAAAUGCAACAAAUGCGACUUGGACGAAGAGUAUACGAAUUAUUACAUGUACAGAAGACACAUGCAGGAUGUGCACGAGGAGAAGUUUGAUCCGAGAGUUUGCGAGCAUUGCGGUUACAAAGCGACCAAGCGUAAUAUUCUGAUGUAUCAUCUUUAUACCAAGCACAACGUGCCACCGCCUAAGAGCAUGUGCUUCCCGAAAUGCCAGGCCUGCUCGUAUGUUGCUCUUUCGGAAACUUUACUCGUGCGCCAUCAAAUAAAUCACAAUCAUCGGCCUCCUACCCGACAUCACUCUCUGCCUUCCGAGGAUAUCCAAUGUGGCCAGUGCAAUCAGUCAUUUAAGAGCAUCACUGAGCUUACUACACACGAAUUGAAUAGCGGACAUGAAGGUAUGGUAGUCGGCAAGGAGACGAAGGGCCAUCGUUGUCCAUAUUGUGGUAAGGUAUUUGUGCGUCUGACAAAUUUGCAAGUACAUUUAGACUGCGCGCACAAGGAAUUAAGUAGGGAUACCAAUGAAUCCGCGCCGUCCACACCACCUAUCUCACUGGAACCAUCAUCCGAAGCGGAGGCUCUCAGUCAUGUUGCCAGCGGUAUAGCAGCUUCCCUCGCUGUUGGAGAUGAUACCGACGCAACCGUGGACACGCAAGAGAACGAAACUGUAACGAUGGAAAAAACUAAUGACACUCACUACAUCGUGCCAGACAUGUUAGAUGACAUAACGCGUAAUAUCACUUACAGCGAGCAUGAAUUAGAGGGUCAGCAUAUGAUAAUGCUGGUAAAUAACGAUGAAAAUUACCAGCACGUCGAGAACGAUCAUCAUCAGCAACCGCAGCAGUUGGAUAUCGCUGAUAACGAGCAAAUAGUGAUGCAAGGUACAGACGAUGGAAUGAUCGUAUAUAUCCAUGGCGCCGAGGAAAGCGAUCAUCGAUCUUACGAGAGUUAUCAACCUGCUGAAGUCACGCAGGAUGCCGAGGAAAUAGUCGAGGAAGUCGUCGAAGAGGUCGAAGAGGUCGAAGAGGUCGAAGAAGUUAUGGAGGAGGAGGAGAUGCAGGAGGUGACUCAGGACAUGUUGGAAAAUUGCACCGAUAAUCAAGUCGAGGAAGUGAUACAAUACGUGGAAGAACAAACGGAAAUAGUGGAGUACGAUGAGGAGCAAUGCAGCGAACAAAGUAACAACAGUAUGGACGAGGCUCAAGGAUCCGUCAUGAUUAUCGAGGAAGAGCACGUCGAGGGGGAAGAGGAUAUAGAAGGGAUAGCUGAUAAACAACGCAAGAAAAUACAAAGCUUUGCUACUGAAUGGGACGAGGAUAGCGCGGAAAUGACGGAAUCAUGAAUAUUGUAAUGUUGGAUAUUAUCUUAUUUGCUUACGUAAUAUGUUAUUAACUUUCAUCAUGGCUAUAUUCUCUAAUUAAACGUUUUAUUUUAUAUUUUACUCUGUGUAAUGCUUGUUGAUAGUGUUCGGUGAUUUAACGAAUGUAGUAUAGCCAUGCUGACUUUGCGGUUUAGCGGUAAACAAAAUUAAUCACGUUAUUAUAUUUACUAGCAACAGGAGUCAUGAGUAUUGAAGAAAUUAUACUGCGCUUAUAUAUGUGAAUUCUAUCGUUGCACCGACACAUUGUAUUUUCUGAAUUUUUUUUUCGAAGCAAGCUUUUAACACGUGAAGUAUGAUAUAUUUUACAAUGCAAAAAUACAGAACGUACAUCUCGAUAUGUAUAGUCCUUACUGCGGAAGCACUUGUAAAAGACAUAAGAAUUUAUAGCCUCAAAAUAGAGAAAAAAAUUUUUUUUUUAUUAUAAG